GACUCGGAUAAUCAACAAUGUAAUCAGCCUUGCCUGUAAUCACCACUCGUAAUCUACCCACAUUCGUGUGUGGUGACCUUUAUGCUUUUACCAGGAGUAAAACCGAUUGACAUGUUCACCUCACAGGCUCGCUACAAGAACGUCUGACGUGAUAUCGCCAUGCCGUCCAGUCCAACGAAUAAAAGUCAAGCUGCCGACACCAAGCAAACAGCAAAAGAAGGAGAUGGGUCUAAAACAGAACACAAGCCUCAAGGAGAGGACAGCAGUUCACAGAAGGCUAGUAGGCAAUCCCGAAAAAAAUCACCAGAGGCUCAUAAAAGAGGUUCAUCCAUAAAUCAAACCCCGAGGGAACAAUCAGGUACCCCACAAGCUGAAAGUCGUUCUCAGAAAGAGGAAAGCAGCGAGCAAGAAGGGAAGAAGAAUCACGAACAGGAUAAACCAGCGAGCAGAGGUUCUAGCAAAACUGUGACUGAGAAUCCAAGGGACAGUAACCAACUUACAAGUGGCAAAUCCAAGGAAGAACGAGAAAGUAGGAAGUCAAAACAGGAACGUUCAAAGAAUUCAUCAGCUCCUGACCAUGAAGCCUUACAUGAAGACAGAGAUUCACAGAAAACUCGCUCCAGCGGAAAAAUAGAAGAUGGCAGCUUCAAGGAAGAUAGUAUCUUUGAUUACAAGGAGUUUAGACCAUACGGAUAUGGUGAACCAGUUAUUGACCCACGGGUAGUUUUGUUUUCUGCUCCUGCGCCAUGUAGCUGCUACCCCAAGACAAGCUCCAGAGCAGUACCCUCUAUGUUGUACGAUCAAGUGCAUUGUGUCCAUCAUGGUAACGUUGGCUGUCCGCAUGAAGGUGUCUACAACUUUGAUGCUGGGUGGAAUGAUAAGUAUCAGCAUCAAUCCGAAUCAAGAGGGUAUAUGCUGGAAGACAAAUCGUAUGUCCGAGGCUACCCACGUCCCGAGCUUGACCAAGUGUCGGAAUCUCGACGAUCAUCAAUUUACUCAUUCGCUGUCAAAGAUAUAGCUAGUGAUAGAAGUGAUGGCAAUGAUGAGCUCCAUGGCUCGACCAAAGACCAGUCAUGUCACAAUGGGACGCAAAAGUCAGAAGAACAAAAUAAUUUAGGAAGCAUUGCCUCCAAACCAUCUACAUCUAAAGGGAUGAUUAAGGGAGUAACGUCUAAAUCGCCAGAAACUUUAUCUCAUCGAAUUAAUUUGAAAAUUCCAAUAACACCAGAACCACGAGUGUCUAUGGAAGAUAUACAAGAUGUGGCAUUACCCCAGAUUGGCUACACGCCUUCGACAUCAUCCAAAGGUAUGCAAGAGAAACUCGGGAGCACGAAUCGACUAGAUUCACCUGUCAAAUCGUCGAAAAGAUAUUCACCAAUCGCCGCUGCUCUUACCUCAGAACCCAAAGACUCUUCUGAAGACACAACACAAAGUCUCUCACACACAUCAACCUCUCGAGACCUGAACAUGAAUAGAACGUUUAAAGGAAGAUAUUACGAUCCAGGUACUGACCAGGUGUAUACAUAUGAAGUGACUCACGAAUUUGGGAAACAUAUGAAUCGCUGGCCAGUCAAGAGAGAAAAAUGUGGCACCUAGCUCCUAGAUAUCUGUGAUGUAGAUACUGUGAGUGAGUGUUAUUAAUCAAUACUAGUAUCCAAGCUGAGUAAUAACUGGAAUAUUGCUGAGUGCGGCAAACAAACAAAAACUGCGGUCAGUCUGGGCCGGGUCGACCGAUUGGUGAAAGCAAGCAGACGCAGUGACACGUCAUCAGCAAUGUUAGCCUGACCUUUUGAUCCGAUUAGUCAUGACAAGAACCGGUUGCUGUGGAUAGGUUCUAGGCCUGGUUACCCUGCGGCAUAUGCCCCACAUUUAUGUGUUCAGUACAUGGUGGAAGGUGGUAUGUGCAUGAUGGGAACCUUUGUGACUGUACAUGUUCCUUCACCCUGCUCAUCUGAAUCUCGUGUCGGGCAGCAUCCGGAGAAUUCAUAUUCACUAGUUUCACUUGUUCACGUGACUUUCACAUUACACGACACAAUCUGGCGAUAGUCGUGACCCUUAUAUAACAAAUGUUGCUCGAUCUCAAAUUGUAGUUUUAAUUUGUAAUAACAAAAAAAAUCUUUUCAUCAAAUUUGGCAUUCAUCUCAUACGAUCUAUUUGUGCGGAUGAUCGGUCGGCAUGCGAUUUACAUUGAAAUAAUGUUACAUUACU